AUGAGGGGUGGAAAUGAUGCGACACUUGGAACUUCUCAAGGCAAAACGGUAAAGGAUGUGACUGGUGUCGCCAUGAUUCUAGUCAAUCCAAAGGUCAUAGGCGAUACCACUUUUGAAGUUGCUCAUGUCCUUCCAGCAACUACUUUGGGUCAUGCUGAGGAGAAAACAACUAAAAGCUACAUUAGCUCAUCCCCACAGCCAAGGGGCCCAAACUCCGCAAGUCCAGGCAUACUCAAGCCUGACAUUAUUGGCCCUGGAGUGAAUAUUCUUGCUGCAUGGCUUUUCUCAAUGGAGAAUAUAAAAGGCACAGAUUCGAUAUUUAACAUCAUCCCAGGUACCUCAAUGUCUUGUCCUCACCUAAGCGACAUUGCAGCUUUGCUCAAAAGUGCACACCUGAAUUGGUCACCAGCUGCAAUUAAAUUCGCAAUUAUGACUACAGCUGAUCAAUCCAACCACGAGGGUCAGCCCAUCCUUGAUGAAAGGAAACUUCCUGCUGAUGUAUUUGCCAUUGAAAAGGAGAUUGGGCUCAUUGUGCAUCAAAGUGUCAACUGCUCGAUAGUAUCGAGCAUAUCUGAGGCGGAGCUGAACUAUCCUUCUUUCUCUGUUGUAUUUGGAUCGGAGAAUCAAAACUAUACAAGGAGAGUUACAAAUGUUUGUGAUGCAAAUUCCAUUUAUGUUGUUAGCAUCACUCAAAUUCUAGGAGUUCAUACGGUGGUUGAGCCUAUCAGGCUUGUCUUCACCAAGGUCAACCAACAAGCCACAUAUAUGAUAUCCUUCACUCGAACAGGUGAAAUUUCCGGAGGUUUUGUUCAGGGGUCAAUAUCAUGGAUCUCAGAAAAGCAUGUUAUUAGGAGUUCAAUCUCUAUCAGCUUAAAUCAAGGAAUACUUGUCAACGAGUCACAAGAAAUUCAAAUCGGCUUUAAAGUUUACUGGUUUAUUAUUUAUUACAGCAAUACAGAUUGA